UAUGUUUGUAUUUCAUGUAAAACUUUUUUGUGUUUGCACAGGAUACAGAAGAAUAUGCUCAUGGACCUCACCAAAGAUAUCAUGAAUGAACUGGGUAUCUCCGUUGUUGGAGAUAUUAUUGCUAUUCUCAAACACGCCAAAGUGGUGUACAAACAGGAACUUGCUAAGGUGGCCACAGAGUCUAUAAGCACCAGUCAUGGAAAUGCGCAAUUUGAUUUAAAAAGAACAGCCAGCUCCCCUGCCUCUAGAAUGAUUGCUAACAGUUUGAGCAGAGAAUCCCCACCUUCUACCCCUAUCCGGAGACCUGAAACAAGCACUUCCAAGAUAUCCGUCACUGUGGCCAACAAACUGGCCACAAAGAAAGCAGUUCUCUCUCGACCAGCCGAUCCAGGUCCUGAAACCUCUGCAAAGCGACGCCGUGUGACUGCAGAAAUGGAAGGUAAAUACAUAAUCAAUAUGCCAAAAGGAACAACUGCAAAAACUAAGAAAAUCCUGGAACAGCAAGCCUCGAAAGGUUUGCCAAGAAUGUCUGUUUUUGAUAGACUUGGCGCAGAAGCAAAAGCAGACACCACGACUGGGAGCAAGCCAACAGGAGUCUUCAGCCGUCUGGGUGAAGUUGUCAGUCAAAAGAAAGAGAGCAGUGAUGAGGAUGAUGCCGGAUCUGUGCUUCAGUAUGCUGGAGUCUUGAAGAGAGCCCCAGCUGCAACCGCAAAGGAGACUACAAAGCUCACGCUUGCAACCACGGAGAAAAUCUUAGCUGCCAAAGCCAAGAAUACAGUUACCACAAUAAGGCGGUUGUCGCUCCCUAAAGCCAGCAGCAGGACAGUCCCAAGCAGUGAGCCCACAGCAGCAGCAUCCACACUCAGAUUGCAGUCAGCGGCUAAAGCUAAGGUCAGUGUCAGACAGAGACUGGGGAAGCCUGGUGCCACCGAGGCAGACACACAGGACAACAAAGUCACCAGCACCAAAAGUCGAGGCAGCCCCGAGUUCACUGUGACCAUUAAGAACACUGCACGGACUGCAGUUAGUACCAAAGUGACCAGCAGCACUGAAGGUCGACUUGCUCAGAUGGACUCCACAGGAACUGUCAGUGUUUUUGAAAGGCUGGGGAAGAAGCUGAAGUAGUGAGAUCUCACCAAGGCACACAUAUAACUCUAUUUUUGUAUCUACAAAAGGUGCCUCUUUAGUCAUGGAUAAACACCGCUUCUAACAAUGACUGAAACACUGUGGUUUGAGUGAUUCCCGAAUACCUCUUUACAUCCAAACAACAUGGGAUUAGGUGAUAACGCAACACAAGAAUCCUAUUGAGACAGUAGUUGAUGGGACAGAAUUUUAAUUGGCACAACAGUGAUGUUGUGAUAUGUUAGGAAAGCUACUUUUUUGUUUGGUGGGUGGGUGGGUGGGAGGGAUUUGAAGCUGGCCCCUUUAAUGAUCUGCUAAAUUUGAUGCAGAAAUUAUAAUCCCAGUUACUGCUUGACGUAAGUUUCCUGUCAUACCUAGUCAUUGCCACUUUGCGAUAGUUUAGUGAAGUAUAUCUGAUCACAAUCACAAAGUCAAUGAGCUCUUGGGGAUUUUAGAUCUAAUUGCUUUGCUUAUGUUGGAGCUUCUUGUCCUCAAUGGGUCUUUGUUGUAUUGGGGUGUCUCAGCACUGAAGAACUGAUGGAUGCAAAUCUACUUUAAAAAUAUUGCUUUCAAAAAAAGUUGAUUUCACAAAAGUAUUUUAUGCAUUUUGAGUGUUUUAUAUCUCCCUUCUAUGUAUGGACAGUUCCUUCCCAGCAGUUUGUUUUCCAUAAUUCCUAGAAAAUAUAAAAUAAUUUUAAUUCUGCUCCUAUUACCAUAAUUUGAGUUGGUGUGGUGGUUUUGAUCUGGUCGCUGGUUUUUGAUCUGGUUUAGCCAGUAAACAACAGUAAACCUGGGUAAACAAAGUAAGCUUUUUUUAAGUUUCUUGCUUUAGGUUCAAUGAAAUGGCCAGUUUCCAACAUGAUUGCCCAUGUACCUUCAGGCAAAUAAAACAAUUUAAAAGUUAUUUGGAAAACGGGAUAGGAUGUUAUAUCUGAAGUGGUCGUGGCAGUAGUAACAGCAAAUAAACUCUUGACAAUUGUACUUCUGCCAUUUCAAGCCUGUCUGAUGGCAGAGGAUUAGUAUUCAGGCCAGUACUGCAUGUAAUGCCAUUUAGGUGCAUGUGUACAUUAUAUGUAGAUGUCACCUUUCCUUGAGUUCUACUGUUUUCUUGAGUUUGGUUAUUAGUUGCUGAAAUGCCAAAAGCCUGGUUUUUAGUGUGUUUUUGGCUUUGGAGGAAAGAAUCGUUAUGGCUUUUGAAUAGAAUGGGUCCAUGUGGAUAAAAUUAUUGGCUUGUCUCUGUACAUUGGAAUCAUUUUCUCAGAAUAAGUUUUUCUUUCCCUCAUUUUGGUACCUCGUUGACGCCCAACUUAGUUUUUACUGCUUAAAAAUAUCUUCUUAAAAUCCAGAUGGUGAACCAUUUGUGCUGUUUAUUUUUUCUGUCUGAGGCUGACUCGACCUCAUAGUUUUGUUGUGUAGAGAUCCAAGUGAUCAUUGUUGCUAGUGUGGCCAUUUGAUUUUUAACUUAAACCAGAAACAACUUUGGAAAAGCAGAGUUUCAGAAUUUAAGAAUAACCCUAUUAAUCCAGAGAUUUCACCCUCAAUCUACACCUUGUACAAUUGUAUCAUCUUCCUCAUCCAAUUCAAGGAAACUGAAUAUUAUAAGACCAUAAGAUAUAGGAGAAGAAUUAGGCCAUUCAGCCCAUCAAGUCUGCUUUACCAUUCAAUCAUCUUGACCCCAUUCUCAUGCCUUCUCCCCCUAACUCUUGAUCCCCUUGCUAGUUAAGAACUUAUCUAUGUAUUUUAAAUACACGCAAUAACUUGGCCUCCACAGCCUUCUGUGGCAAUGAGUUCCUGUGGCUGAAGAAAUUCCUCCUUAUCUCAUGUCUAAAGGGUCAUCCCUCAUUCUGAGGCUGUGCUUUCAGCCCUGAGUCUCUCCUACUAGUGGAAACAUCUUCUCCACAUACACUGUAUCCAAGCCUCUCAGUAUUCUGCAAGUUUCAGUUGGAUCCCCCUCAUCCUUCUACACUCCAAGUAAAGACCCAGAGAUUUAUAGCAUAUCCCUUGCUUCACCAAACAGCUUAUUGCUUACUGAUGCUGUUCCUUAUUUACUGUCACAUUGACCAUAGCUUGUGCUCUUGACAGGUAGUCAUUUCCCCACUUAAAACAUUCUGAUUGCAAGCGCCUUAAUAUAUUUUCAUCCAAAGGAGUACAAGAUUACCAUUAGCCAAUUCCACCUAGUUUUUGUUUAUACAUUUUAUACCCAAGCAUUCACAAAGCAGAAGGUCUGAUAACGUGACAAAGGAGCCCUGUUGGCUCAUCACCUUUUACAGUUUGCUGACUGUUCUUUGGUCUUACAGUCUUUUCCAGGUCUUUUCCAGGAACCAAUCAACAGCACUCAUUCACACAGUGUUUCUCAUAAAGCAAGUCCCAUCGUGCUUCACAGGAGCGUUAUCAGAAAUAGAUUGAUACUGAGUUACAUUAGUUAUUCAGAUAGCUAACCAAAAGCUUUAUUGAACUGUUGGGCUUUAAGGAAGAGGAAGGUAGCGAAGUUUAGGGGAAGAAUUCCUGAACUUAAAGGUCUAGACAGCUGAAGACAAGCUGUCACUGACAGUUAAUGUGCACCUGGAUAUUCCUGUACCCCUGCAUUACUCCUUUUGUUAACUACAUGCAGUUUUAGUGAAGACUGCCAAGGUACAUCUUUGUUAUGAGUACUUGUUUUGUUUUAUAUCAAAUGUGCAAACAAGGCAAACUCUUGGAGCAAUUAAAGAGAAGCUGCUGAA